CGGGGCGCCUUAACGAACAGAGGCUCAGUAUUUUUCUUUCAGAGAGACCCGGGGUGGAAAAGACGCAGCAAUGACAGAGCAGCAGUCGUGCGCAGCGGCAACAUAGACCAACUAUUGUGGGGACGGGAGAUUGAUAACACAACUGGGCGAGCAACGAGCGCGGCAGAUGUAAUUUCCAAACGUUUCAGCUGGUUGGUUGCCAGUGGUGUGUUGGAUGGGUUAUUACCGCGUUCUCCUUUUCAUUAUCCACUGCUUCCAGCGUUUCCAGAUUACUUGGGGAUCUCGGACGGCUGCCUGUGAGGGAGUAUCGCUGCAGAGACUAACGGGGAAUGCCAUGUGUCGUUGCGCGACAUAGAAGCUCUUUGUGGGCUGUUUUUGCACCGGGGACAGGUGGUGCCGUGUGUGCGUGUAUGUGUUGAAACAAACAGGGGGCACGGACACACAACCCCUGAGACAGUUGUCUUGGGGAUGUCAGGCCGGCGAACGGGAUCAGCUUUUGCCAGAGACAGGUGCGACAGGGAGGAGUAGUUUACAAAGCCCUGCACAGGAUCUGGUAACGCACUAACAAGCCUACUCUCCCCUCUGAUCACUCGGAUUUUUUUGUACCCACGGGACUCACAACGAAUCAUACUGCCUUUUUCUCGGUGGCACCUUUCCCCCUGAAACCUGAGACUUUGCCGUUCUGUUGCCAUGGCGACCGUGGCCCCUCCCUUCUUCCUGCUGUGUUGGCUGCUCCAAGCGGCCAGCUCGGCGUUCCCAGAGGAACCGGGGCCCCUCAACUACAUCCCCACAGAAGUCGUGAGAAGACAUGCAGUGUUUCUGGGUCGACCCCAUCGGACAUGGCUCAGACAAGAGCCUCUACACAUCCAGAGGAUCAUGCAGGUCAAUCGGACACUCUACAUUGGAGCCAGGGAUGACCUUUUCCGUGUGGAGUUGGACAUCGUUGCAGGAGACGAGAUGUUCUACAGCAAGAAAAGGACGUGGGAGUCGAACAAGAAUGACAUCAGGAUCUGCAGGAUGAAGGGCAAGCACGAGGAUGAAUGCCGUAACUUCAUGAAAGUGUUGCUCAGCAGACCGGGAGGCCUGUUUGUGUGCGGGACCAACGCCUUCAACCCCCUCUGUGCCAACUAUACCGGAGACACUCUGGAGAUGGUAGGAGACACAGUCAGUGGUAUGGCGAGAUGCCCGUAUGACCCAAAGCACGCUAAUGUUGCUCGGUUCGCAGAGGGAAAUCUGUUUACAGCCACAGUGACAGACUUCCUGGCCAUCGAUGCGGUGAUCUACCGGAGCCUUGGGGACAAUCCCGCACUUCGCACCGUCAAGCACGACUCCAAGUGGUUCAGAGAGCCGUAUUUUGUGAGCGCCGUGGAGUGGGGACCUCACAUCUACUUCUUCUUCAGAGAAAUAGCCAUGGAGUUCAACUACCUGGAGAAGGUGAUGGUGUCACGCGUGGCGCGGGUGUGCAAACGUGAUCUGGGAGGGUCUCAGCGCGUCCUCGAGAAGCAGUGGACUUCGUUCCUGAAGGCCCGUCUGAACUGCUCCGUCCCCGGGGAUUCCCACUUCUACUUUAACCUGCUCCACUCCACCAGCCCCAUCAUCAGGAUGCACGGCAGAGACAUCAUCCUGGGGGUGUUCUCCACACCGUCAAACAGUAUCCCAGGUUCGGCGGUGUGUGCCUUCGACAUGGAGCAGCUAGCUGCCGUGUUUGAAGGGAGGUUCAAGGAGCAGAAAUCACCUGAGUCUAUUUGGACACCUGUUCCAGAUGAAGUCAUCCCGAAGCCAAGACCCGGCGGCUGCGCUGUUCAAGGAUCCAGGUUUAAUUCCUCCAACGCGUUUCCUGAUGAGAUGCUCAACUUCGUCAAGACCCAUCCGCUGAUGGAUGAAGCCGUCCCAUCGCUAGGACAGAGACCCUGGAUAGUCAGGACCAUGGUCAGGUAUCAGCUGAAUAAGAUCGUGGUGGAUACAGAAGCCGGGCCGCAUAGGAACCGGACCGUCCUGUUCCUGGGGUCCAGCAGAGGGACCAUCCUCAAGUUCCUCAUCAUGCCCAACCAGGACAACACCGUCACCAACAGCAACAUCUUCCUGGAGGAGCUGGAGGGAUACAACCCUGAUAAGUGUGCUGAGGACUCUGUGCAGGCCAGGCAGCUGCUGUCUCUGACUCUGGACCGGGCGAGCCACACUCUGCUCCUCGCCUUCCCCUCCUGUGUGGUCAGAGUACCGGUGGCUCGAUGCCAGCUCUACUCCCGAUGCAUGAAGAACUGUAUCGCCUCGAGAGAUCCUUACUGUGGCUGGACCCGAGGAAGCACCUGCUCUUUCCUCAGACCCGGAACAAGACUACCGUUCGAGCAAGAUGUUGAACAGGGAAACGUGGCCCACUUGGGUGACUGCGACGGAAUGCUGCUGCAGGAGAGCUUUAUGGACGAACCUGACGGCCUGGUGUCUGUGAACCUGCUGGUGGUGUCUGCUGUUUCGGCCUUCGCCACAGGAGCCAUCCUAUCCGGCCUCACCGUCUGCUGGAUCAUGAGUCACCGCCACCGCCACUCUCGGGGCUCCGGAGCCAACGGUGCCCGACGCAAAGGUGACAAGGAGCAGAGUAUGCUGGCGCAGGGCCGCAGCGGGUCGGUGAUGAGUGUGACAAGAACCAGCGGCGGUGAGAGGCGACGCUCGCAGGCCGACAACCCCUUCGUCAUGCCCAACGGCUGGCCUAAAGGAGAGAUGGACCCCGGCCUGCUGCCCACACCGGAGCAGACGCCGCUGCAGCAGAAGAGGGCCAUGCGUCUCCCAGACACCGACUGGGACCAGAGCCAGACCUUCCUCACCGCCGUGGGGACUCCCUGCCCUAACAACUCUGUCAUCUACCUGAGCUCCAAGUUCCUGCACGGAGGCGGAGGUGGCGGAGGGAUGGUCCGGAUAGAGGACCAAGGGGAGGUCAUGCUGCCCCCGCACACAGAGCGUCAACGCUACCUGAUCUUAGCCACCCAGAGAGGGGAGCACGGCGGCAGUCGUCCCAGCGGGAACGCCCUGAGGAACUCAGCGGGAGAGUACAUCUACCCCGCCACGCCGCAGGACUCUCCCGACCGACGGAGGGUGGUGUCCGCUCCCACUCCCCACAUGGACUAUGGGGAGCCUCGCUGGAGUCACGAGGCGCUCAACUACAACAGCAACAACGGAGCGCCCUAUCACCCCCAGCGCCAGGGCCUCAUCAGGCCAGAUAUGCACGGGCCCCGAGGGCUGGGAGAACUGGCGGACUUCAGCCAUCUUCUAGUGAAGAACAUGGGAGAGCGCACGCCCAGCGGCCAGUGAGGCGAAGUAUGUGAGCGCUGGCACCGAGCUCUCUCUGAAAACCCAUUCCCUCCAACAGCAGACUGGAAUAAAUCAACCCCUCAGACUCAAUGUCCCAGUCCAACCUUACCCUGUCUGUCCUCUCUCACUGUCAUUCAAUGUUCUGACGUCAUUCAGCUGACUGAAGAGAGAGACAAAGAGAGAGUUGAAAAAGAGGAGCAAACUCUCCUCACGUCUCCGAUCCUCUGCUCUUAAACCGAGGCGCACCCCUCUGCUCUGUAAGUGGUACGACCCGCGGAGCUUGACUUUGACACCACAGGACAAACAGUAAAGGAAAGAGAGGGGUGCAAAGGAAAGGAGAGCUUCUCAAAGGAGUGUGUGGAGAUUUUGGAUUUAAAAAAAAAAGACAAUUUCCCUUUCAGCGCCAAAUGUGAAAGUCUCCCUCCACCAUUUCUGUUCAGCGUUUUGAUGCCAUGGAUCUUGUUUGAGUGUGAAAUUUUGUUUCUGCUUUCGUUUUUCUCUGCCAGUGACAUCCAGCAGACAACAAUGUGCUUUACUUUGGAUUUCAGAGGAGACUAAAACUGUUGUAGCCGUGCCAGAGGGAAGUGACUCUCAAUGAAUCACGCAGUGUGUGUAUGUGAUUGUCUGUGUGUGUGGAAAUGUGGAGUGGCCACGACAACCCCAACCAAUGUCCUGUCUUUACUGUGAAGUAUAUCUAUAUAAUGAAGUACGGAGGAGAUAGACAUUAUUUUACCUUUUUUAUGAGUCACAAAGAGACUAAUACAUGUUAUUAUGUGUCAAGACCAGUGGUUAGUGAAGGGUUGAGACUCCCAUUCUUAUUUCUGUGUACCUCAGAGGCAGCGCUGGACAGAGCCAUCAUAAAGUGAAAGAAAGCAAUAAUAAGGAAGAAACAAGAACGAAGAUAAAGCCAAUACAAUUGAUAUUUUGUAAUAUAACUCUGUAAAGCAAAAGUUAGGAGAUAUCAGGAAGCGCUGGGAAAAAGAACAAUACCUCCCCGUUCAUUCAUCCCUCCCUCGCUGCCUCUCAGUAUGCCAGGGUCUCUCUGACCGGCCCCGAGGCCCCCAUGGGCUCCGCAGGCCAUUUGAAGGAGGGAAUGUGAGCUGUGGCUGUCUGACUGUGAGGCCCGGCCACUUGGGAGCUCCAUUCAGCCUCUUCUGCCCGACACUGAGCCUCUUUGUGCCCCCGAAGCAGGAGGAGACUGCAGCAACAAAUAGCCGUUAAGAGUCAGAGACCCUAGCCUAGCAGAAUAUCAAUGAGAGGGACAGCAGCUCCAUCCGUCAUGUGAGAUGUACCAACCAGGAGCGGGCAUCUGUAGUGCUUCACCCACUCUGGCGGUUCACUAACAAGGGAGAAGUGGAGUUCAGCCGGAGACUUGGGGCACCGCUAGCUGUCACAAUGGUCAUCCCUUGUGGCUCCAUCUCUUUCAGUGUGUUUCGUGACAAAAGCGGGAUAAAGAAAACAGACGGGCAUGGGUAUACUUGGGUGUGGAGUUACUCUUUCACUCCGUUGUCUGAUCUUUUCAUGUUUCCUGUUUUGUCUGUUCUCAUCCGUUCUUGAUUCAAAUGUAGAUCCAGAGAUAGCUGUAGUUCAUCUGGGUCAUGGUGUUGUUGAGAGGUGGUGGUUUUUUUUGUCUUUGUGUCUGCCGGCUGGUGUGUGUGAGUCUCUUUUGAGUUUGUGUCCAUGAAUGCGUUGCUCAUAUUGAGUGCAGAAUACAGCUUUGAUCAGUUGUACUCUCAUUUCACCUUUCUUCUUCUUUUUAACAGUUUCUUUCUCUAUUGAGCCAUUUGUGUUGCGCAGACACCCUUUGCUUGACAUUUACAAAUCCACGCUAACAGUGUUGAAGCCCUGCUGCGUGGGAGUACUGUAUGCUAUUGGAUAUAUGUAAACCAUUAUACUUUAUAUAAAGAACUAUGGCUCAAAAGGAUAAGCCUGGAUGUGCUUGGAUAAAUACCCAGCGCACACACAAGAAAAUAUCACAGCAUACAAAAAAAUCUAGGGCAGAGCAUCGUUUGAUUUCCUUUUUAUGCCUUUCAGCUUUUGUGACUGGGUACAUGUUUUCCACAUAAUGCUAUUUAACAUUCAAAGAUUCCUAAUGGAGCUUUAUAGCGUCUUAUAGCUUAUUAUCUUUUUAGGUUGUUUUCAGCCUCAGCAAUAAUGUUCUACUAUACACUUCCUGCCUAGCAACAAAUAGCAGACAGACUUACCUGCGAGUGAACAUAGUGAAGUAUUUAUCAGCUGAAGAGCCUUAGAUUUCCCGUAAGAGUUGGUAGAGACCAAAAACAGUGCAAAAACAAAGAGAAUUUCCGAAUAUUUGCCUUUAAAAGGUGAUAAUAUGUCAGUGUUGUCUUCACAGCUUGUUUGUGCUUCCCCCAAGUGGCCAAAAAAAAGUUACGCAAGGUUUAAUGUAUCAGGUGAAAUACUAAGGCUAUGUAUUGGUGGAAAUAUUUCAAAAAUGCCAUUUCCGUAGCAGACAGCAUUGUUAUUUAUGCCUUACUUUACUACAUUUUCACUACAAGCAAGGACACAAGCAGUCUCACUCUCACUUUAUCCAAUAAGUAAAUUGUCUGCAUUCAUCCAAAAUUCCAAUUUAAAUCAAGGCCUGUUUCUUCGUAAAAAAAAAAGUAAACAAGAUAGUAAAUCAGACCAAGUAUUCGAUACCAGCUGACAGUUUUUUCGACACUCAUUGCCACAGUCUCAUUUCUGUUAGUACCUAAACAGCACAGAGGUUCAGCAUGCAGCCCUGAAGAUUGAGCAGCCAGAGCUAGAGGUGCUGCCUGAGACAAGCCAGUGAAAGAGAUUUAUGAAAGCAAGGACAGAGGAGGAGGUCAGGCGGGCGAACAUGAUGUUACUGCAUUACCGCCUCCACACAUUAGUACAGUGUAUUCUUUACGCAUUCCACCCUGAAACAGGUCAUUAGUAUUGAGGAUACGUCGCCCCGUCCACCAGCGCGACCCCUCAUCUCUGCCUCUCUUUAUCUCUCUCCGUCUCCAUCUCCGCUGUGACCUGAGUGCUGCGUGUCUGUGUUUGUGUGAGGUGUGUGUGAAUGAGGACUUUCAGUCUCAGCCGGCUUGCCCAGUCAUCCGUGUCCUCGCUCUGCAUCUCCUCCGGUGUUUCACUAAACAUGCUUGAUUAGGCAAAGUACAUUCCCGGCCCUCUAAUGGCCUGAUGAGCCCUUGAGAAGAUUAUUACAGACACAUCAGCCCUGGGAGGGAGGUGCACGUUCAACCAGCUCUUUACCCCCUUUUUACUAAACACCCACCACGCACACAUGCAUGCAUACACUCAAGUACUGUAGGUCCUUUAACCAAAUUUAAAAAGCAAUCGAAUUAAGAUCAGAAACAGAGCUCAGGCUUGAAAUAGGCUGACUCACUCUAGGAAAGAUCAUGAAGGUAUCUUGCUAAUUUGAUUACAUGUGUUCAACAUUACAGGGCAGCUAAAGAAUUCAGGUGUAGCCUAAAUAAAGUCAGUCUGUUUAUUGAAGCCGUCAUCCUCCCCAUUUCUACCAUAUUUCAUGUCAUUCACUUUCCUUCUUUUUCAACAGCUGCACUUUCUCUUCUUCUUUUGAGCCCCUUUUUUUUAAAUUGUGAACAGACUCACACUAUCUCUCUGCACACACAUAUCUCAUCCUAAUGUGAGCCCGGGCUGCGCUUUCAUCCUGUUUGUCACUAUUAAAGGUUAGCUUGUUAAUUUAAUGAGUCGGUGACGCAAACAGAAAUCGCAGUAAUUCACGAAAUCACGUUUUAUGUGUUACCUUUUUUGUUAAUACAUUUUCAAAGCCUCUCAUGCAGCAAAUUGCUUUCCUUUGCUUAGAAAGGAUUGUGUUUGUAGGGAGGACUUUUUGUUCAAUGCAGCACAUAUUGCCUGCAGUCCUUCACACAUACACACACUCAUGCAUUGUCCUUCUUUAUCUCUGCCCUGCACAUAUCAACACACACACACACACACACACACACACGCACACACACAUCAAAUUCCCACCCAGCCCUCAUGACCCAGUCUGUCUGUCCGUGUUGUUAUUUAUCAGGUUGUGUCUGUAUGCUUGUUAAAGAGACCAUGCCUCUGUGUGUUGGGGUUGUUAGUGCCGUGUGGCCCAGUGAUGCGAUGCCCCCCCCCAAGCCAAUAACUGCCACCUUGUCCUACAGUGCUCCACCGUGCUGUAAAUGCUCUACGCCCAAGAAAGUUUCCAAGAGAUGUAGUCCAACUCAUGUUAAAUCCAUCAUCGCUGUUGGGAGUAGUGACCCCCCGGGAAAAGCACAAAAACAAGGCGAAAACAAAAUCAACAUUUGCAUUUUUGUAAAGUUUUAGAUGUAUUUAGUCAGCACUGAUCAUUUCUGUCAUGUUUGUUUUUUCUAUAGUUUGUUUCUGUGGUAGAUAUUUGGUUUGAGAUUAUAUGGAAUAUUCUUGUGUAUGAUUUCACUUUCUCUGGAGUGCCGGAUUUGAUGACGACAAUGAAGAUGAACCUGAAGACUAUCAUGAUUAUUAUUAUUAUUAUUAUUAUUAUUAUUAUUAUUAUUAUUAUUAUUAAUAAUUAUAUUGACAGUGACAAUGAACUGUGAGCAGCACUGAGGUGUUGUGUGUCCGAUUGGACGCUGAAUCUGAAGGGAAAUGGAGAGGAAGAGGAGGAGUGAAUGAACUCAAACAGACUGAGCUUCAAAGAAAGAGAUUCUGCUUUUUUCUUGCGGAGUGGAUUCUCCUGCUACUGUGAACGAUGUUGGCCCAGAGGCUGCCCCCCCCCCAACCCAACCCAACCGCACCCUGGGGCCCUCAGGGCAGGCGGCCAUCAGAAGACAACACAUGUCCCUACUUUGUGUACAUAACCUUGAUGCUUACAUGUAAUUUAAGUGCAGUAGCUGCAUGACGACACAGCCUCUGUGUGUGUACAGAAGUAGCGACGUGUGAAUUUGUACAGUACAUGCAAGUGUGUGUGUGCUUGUGUCCGCAAAGAAAUCUGUCUGUCGUCACGCAAAAAGCAACAUGUGCAUGCACCCUCCGACAACUGCCCAGUACACACACACAUACACACUCCAUGCACACACACGCAAACACACUCCAGCAGUUGUUCACCAUCCACAUUGUCCCGAGCUCUGCCUGUCACUCCGCAUGGAGACUUUGCUCUAUGUCAACUUUCUUAUUCUAAUAAACCACUCCGACAUUGA